UUAUAGCGGGACUGCGGCAGGCAUUCUGCCACUGGGGGGAACUGAUUUGGUGUCAAUGACACCAAUACAGUGAUCAGUGCUAAUAAAAAGUACUGACACUACUAAUGGCACUGGCCAGGGAGGAGUUAACAUCUGGGGCGAUCAAAGGGUUAACUGUGUGCAGAGAGUGUUUUACUGGGGGGCGGUGUGUUGGUGCUUCACUGAAAACACACUGCUCUAAAUGGCUGUGCUGUGCACAGCCGUCCAGAGCAGUAUACUCAAGCCAACAGGGGAGGAGAACUGUUUUGUUUACUAAC